UUUGCCAGGAUUUUGAUCCACUUAACCACGAGGACGUUAUCGUCGUAAAGAAACAUUCGGCGGAAGAAUUUCGAAUAUAAUUACGGUUUCUGUUUUGUUGUAUUAGUGAAAUUAUGUCGAAGGUAAACACGUUGUAUAAUUAUUUCAAGUCACCGAAAACUGACAAGAGACCGAAUAAUAAACCGGUGCCUGAAGCUAAACCUUCAACGCCGAAAAGAACGAGGGAACAAAGGAACACAGCUAAAACUCCAAAUAAGGGCAAAGAAAAUAAAAAUGUUGAAGAUCGAAAAAAACUUUACAAAGACAAUGAGGAAGAUGAAGAGGAUGAAGAAGUUGAACCAGUACGGCCAAAAAAACGUAGAUUGAUCAUACCUGAUGAAGAAUCUGGAGAAGAUUCUGGAGAUGAAUUUAAACCCGAUCCAAAAGAUGUGUCAGAGGAAUCUGAUUCAGGCAGCGAAGGAGACCCUGAAAGCGAAAUACAGACACAAAGUGAAGAGGAAACACCAGAGAAGAAAAGGAAAUUGCCUAAUGACAGAAGGAGUAAAAAUCAAGGAGGCACAAAGAAAAUUGCCAAAUUAGAUAAUAAAGAAAUAAAAGUACCUCAACAAAAUCUGAACCAAGGAUCAAAUAAUAGUGUUUCAGAGUCAUGGCCACAUUUGAAGUAUGAUUUUCUUCAACCAAAUAAAAUAAAAGAUAUUAGUAGAAAAUCUCCAGAUGAUCCAAAUUAUGAUCCUAAAACAGUUUAUGUUCCUUUAGACUUUCUAAAUCAACAAACCCCAGCAAUGAGACAGUGGUGGGAUUUGAAAAGCAAACAUAUCGACUGUGUUUUAUUCUUUAAAGUAGGCAAGUUUUAUGAAUUGUACCACAUGGAUGCUGUCACUGGAGUCAAAGAACUUAAUCUCACGUAUAUGCGGGGAGAGUUUGCACAUUCUGGAUUUCCUGAAAUCGGAUACGGUCGUUUCUCGGGAAGCCUUAUAGAGAAAGGAUACAAAGUAGCUAGGGUGGAACAGACAGAGAAUCCAGAUAUGAUGACACAACGGUGUAGUAAAAUGAAUAGGCCAACAAAGUAUGACAAGGUUGUUAAGAGAGAAAUUUGUCAAAUAAGCACCAAGGGUACAAGAGUAUUCACUUCAUUGGAUGUAGAACCAUCAACACCGAAUUCGAACUAUCUAUUGUCUCUUGUCGAAAAACGUCCAUCUGGUACAAACCUAUCCCAUUAUGGAGUAUGUUUCUUGGAUACAACAAUAGGGGAUUUUAUCCUUGGGCAAUUCGAAGAUGACCGUUGCAAUUCCAGAAUAUUGACCUUACUUGCUCAUUAUCCUCCAGUUCAUGUUGUAUACGAACGUGGUAAUUUGUCUCAAAAAACAUUGCAAAUUUUAAAUAACAAUUUAGCAGCGUGCAUUAAAGAACCACUUCUACGCGAAUCUCAAUUCUGGUCGUCUACAACCACAUUGAAAAAUCUCCACGAGGGAGAAUACUUUAAAUCAGAUUCUAGUUUUUCAUGGCCUACAGGCUUGAAGCCAUUUCUUAAUGAAGGCGACUCUUUAGGCUUAACUCCAGACGAUGACAAAGAAUUAGCCGUGCAUGCUUUAGGGGGAUGCGUUUAUCUACUCAAAGAAUACUUCCUCGAGCAACAAUUGUUGUCUCGAGGACGAUUCAAAUUGUACGUUCCACCGGAUUUCUCGAGCGAGCCUUCCAAGACCACUAAAUUUGCAAAUAAUAUGGUUUUAGAUGCUGUCACUAUUAACAACUUGAGAAUUUUUGGCGAAGGGUCUCUGAUGAAAACAUUAGAUCGUUGUUGUACCGCGUUCGGGAAAAGAUUAUUACGCGAAUGGAUCUGUCGACCAUCCUGCCGCAAAGAUGUUAUAAUCGAACGUCAAGAAGCUAUUCAAGAAUUGAUGGAUCGUUCAGAUACGGUACAGACUGCUCGUAGCAUAUUAGCCGGUCUUCCGGAUCUAGAAAGAUUAUUAAGCAAGAUUCACGGUCAUGGAAAUUUGGCAAGAAUGAAUAAUCAUCCUGAUGGCAGAGCAAUUAUGUUCGAGGGUAAAACCUAUUCAAAGAGAAAGAUUCUAGAUUUUACUAAUAUUCUGGAUGGGUUUGAGGAUGUCUUAAAAGUAGUUGCUUUAUUCGAAGAUUUCAAGAGUGGUUUGUUAAGCCGAUACAUUAAAGUGGAGCCGGAUGGUGAAUUUCCUUCGUUAAGAGAAACUUUAGAUUAUUUUAAGUCCGCGUUCGAUCACGAAGAAGCUAAAAAGGAAGGCUGUAUCGUUCCGAAAGAAGGAGUCGACUCUGAAUACGACUCCGUUUUAAUGGAGCUUGCGGAAGUGAAGAAGGAUGCGGAACAGUACCUCGUAAAGCAAAGACAGCACUUUGGCGUGAAAGUGACGUAUCACGGAUCGGAUAAAAAACGUUAUCAAAUAGAAAUUCCGGACUCGCAAGUAAAGAAAGUUGGUUCUGGAUUCGAACUUCAGUCGCAGAGAAAAGGAUUCAGGCGUUAUUACACCGCCGAGGCAAAGGAACUUUUAAGUCGUCAAAUAAAUGCCGAAGAACACAGAAAUAAAGUGUUGAAGGAUUUGAACAGCAGAAUAUUUGCACAGUUUAGCGAAAAAUAUGACAUGUGGAACUCCGCCAUUUAUAAACUGAGUACCUUGGACGUUCUAAUCUCUUUAACCGAAUAUGCUCUCAGCGGUGAGAUGUGUAUACCCGAAGUCAACGAUGGCACGGAUGGGAAUAUAUUUAUUGAUAUGCGAGACGGACGACAUCCAUGCUGUCAUUCAGAUAAUUUCAUACCUAAUGAUACUUUGUUGGGAUCCGGGGAUUCUGCUUCUUUCGUGAUUUUGACUGGGCCAAACAUGGGCGGUAAAUCGACGCUGAUGCGCCAAGUCGCGCUUCUCACGAUAAUGGCACAAAUGGGAAGUUUCGUACCGGCAAGUUCUUGUAGUUUCACAAUAGUGGAUCGUAUCUUUACGAGGCUAGGAGCAAACGAUGAUAUACUAGCUGGUCAGAGUACAUUUUUGGUCGAACUAAGCGAAACCUCGGCGAUAUUGCAACACGCUACACCGUACUCGUUAGUUUUGUUGGACGAAUUGGGUCGCGGUACAUCAACGUACGAUGGUACAGCCAUAGCUGCGUCAGUCGUAAACGCGCUUACAAAACUAAAGUGUCGCACAUUAUUCUCGACGCAUUACCAUUCUCUGGUAGAAGAUUACAAAAACGAUAAAAAUGUUACAUUGGCUCAUAUGGCGUGUAUGGUGGAGAACGAGGAAGAGGAUGAAAUCACUCAGGAAACUGUAACAUUCUUAUAUAAGCUUAGCGAAGGAGCUUGUCCAAAAUCUUACGGUUUCAAUGCUGCUCGAUUAGCUGGCGUGCCAUCCAUAAUCACAAAUCGGGCGCAUGAAAUUUCUAAACAGCUCGAGCAGGAAACCAAUCAGAAACACUUCUUCGCCGCUGUAUGCAAAGCCGAUGGACCAGCUAUAAGAGACCUGAUUGCUGCAAUGUAAAA